AUGUGGCGCUGCCCAGCGCGAGAUGCUGCAACUGCGCUCCGAGCGGCAACAAGUUUCCUUGGAGGAUGCCUUGCAUUGCAGCUUGCUGCCUGCCUCUGGUGCACUCGGGGAAAGCGGGAAAGCUCUCUCCCUACUUUUAUUCCGCACUCUAAAGUGACAUAACAGCAUUUUGCAUUCCUGUGCUCUGCCGUUUUCUUUGCUGGAAUGCUUCCGUUGAUUUAUUUGUAAGAUUGCCCGCUCUGUGUUGCGUUUAUUCUUUUUUUUCCCCCUCUCUCUUCUUGCCUCACCAUUGCUAAGAGGUGAUGAGAGUACUGGAGGGUGGCCGAGUGCUCCCGGGGGUCUUCAUCCUCCCGCUCUGCGCCCUGCUGCUUCUCUUGCUGCUCCUGAGCAGCGCUCCCGCCUCUCGGAGCCACCCCCAGCCCUGCCGGAUCCUCAAGCGCAUCGGGCACACGGUGCGCCUGGGAGCCGUGCUCCUGCUCCCUUCCCUGCCCAACAACACGCUGGGGGGCGGACAGGAACGGCAGCGGGAGCUGGGGCUGGUCGCUGCCCCCAGCCGCGAGGACGCCCGGGAAGCGCUGCUGAACGCCGCUCGCCAGUUGAACGCCAGAGACGGCAUACUGCCUUACAACCUGUCGGUGGAGGUGGUGAUGGGAAUGGAGACGGGGCUGGGAGACGUGCCGGUCUUCAGCGUGCCCCCGGCUUCCCGCAGGGACCCGCAGUCCUUCCUAGAGAGCGUCUGUCACACGGUGGUGGUGCAAGGGGUCACGGCUAUCCUCGCCUUCCCGCAGACUACGGGAGAACUGCUGCAACUGGAAUUCCUCUCCUCCACCAUCCAGAUCCCCGUGAUCAGCAUCGUGGCAAAGGAAUACCCCAGAGAAUCCAAGAAUCCCCUCCACCUGCAGAUGAGCCUGGAAAAUUCUCACCCCACCAAUGCAGACAUACUUAUUUCCCUCCUGACAAUGAAUAGCUGGUAUGACGUCAACUUGGUUCUGUGCCAGGAGUGGAACGUGUCCGAUUUCCUCAGCCUUUUGUACAACAAUUCCAAGAUUCACCUCGGGACCGUUUUCAACAUCACAGAAGACAGCGAUGACAAUGAUUUUCUGAGUUACCUACAAGGGUACUUGGCAGCGGCCAAGGCGGUCUCAUUAUCCAUCAUCACCUUUGGCUGUAACAUUGACCAUUUCCAAAGGAUUUUCCAGUUGGCAGCAAACUAUGGAUUGACCCUGGCGGAACUCCAUUGGAUUCUUGGUGACGCUCAAAAUGUGGAGGAGCUGAGGACUGAGGGGUUGCCCAUGGGUCUGCUGGCCCAUGGUAAAAUGACUGAGCCUGCUUUCCACAACUAUGUGCAGGAUGCAUUGGAACUGAUAGCCAGAGCAGUAACCACUGCAACCUACGUCAGGCCAGACCUGGCACUCAUUCCAAGUACAACAAACUGCAUGCAUUGGGAAGAAAUUAAUAUAACAUCGGGCCAGUUUCUUUCAAGAUUUUUAGCAAACACAAGCUUCGAUGGUGAAACAGGUUAUAUUAAAGUAACAGAUCCAUCUGUUAUCACUUCAGACAGUCAUUACUACAUCUGGAACCUACAGCUUGAUCCUGUUGGCAAGCCCAUGUGGACCCGUCUCGGGAGAUGGCACGAGGGGAAAGUUGUCAUGGACCAUGGGAUUUGGCCCAACAAGAUGCAGAAGCAAAAGAACGGCAGUGGCCAUCCAUCCCGGCUGCACUUGAGAGUGGUGACACUCAUUGAACACCCUUUUGUGUUCACGCGGAGCGUGGAUGAUGAUGGCCAUUGUCCAGCCGGCCAACUCUGCCUCGACGCUCUAACUAACGAUACUGCUGUCCUCGAGAGCCUCUUCAAGAACUUAAGGUCGGGUAAUGACACCGUGCCUAUAGAAUACAAGAAGUGCUGCUACGGUUACUGCAUUGACCUGCUGGAGAAACUGGCGGAGGAUAUGAACUUUGACUUUGACCUUUACAUCGUCGGUGAUGGGAAGUACGGCGGCUGGAAGAACGGCCGCUGGACAGGGCUGGUCGGAGAUCUGCUCAGCAGUGCGGCACACUUGGCCAUCACCUCCUUCAGCAUCAAUUCGGCCAGAAGCAAAGUGAUCGACUUCACUAGCCCCUUCUUCUCCACCAGUCUGGGCAUCCUGGUGAAAACAAGAGACACGGCCGCCCCCAUUGGAGCUUUCAUGUGGCCACUGCACUGGUCCAUGUGGGUGGGGAUCUUCGUGGCUCUCCACGUCACCGCAUUAUUCCUCACGCUCUACGAAUGGAAGAGUCCUUUCGGAAUGACUCCCAAAGGGAGAAAUAGAAACAAGGUGUUCUCCUUCUCGUCCGCCCUCAAUGUCUGCUAUGCCAUUUUGUUUGGCAGGACAGCAGCCAUCAAAACUCCCAAGUGUUGGACAGGAAGGUUUCUCAUGAACCUCUGGGCCAUAUUCUGCCUGUUCUGUUUAUCGACAUACACAGCUAACCUUGCCGCCGUAAUGGUAGGGGAGAAGACCUACGAAGAGCUGUCAGGAAUUCAUGAUCCUAAGCUUCAUCACCCUUCCCAAGGCUUCCGAUUUGGAACUGUUCGUGAAAGCAGUGCAGAGGAUUAUGUGAAGAAGAGUUUUCCAGAGAUGAAUGAAUAUAUGAGGCGGUAUAACGUGCCAGUGACACCAGAUGGUGUGAAAUGCUUGAAGAAUGAUCCACAACAACUGGAUGCCUUUAUAAUGGACAAAGCACUGUUGGAUUAUGAAGUCUCCAUUGAUGCAGACUGCAAGCUUCUAACUGUUGGGAAACCCUUUGCUAUUGAAGGCUAUGGAAUUGGCCUUUUGCAGAAUUCCCCAUUGACACCAAACAUUUCGGAAUUAAUUAGCCAAUACAAGUCUGAUGGGUUUAUGGACGUAUUGCAUGACAAAUGGUAUAAAGUGGUACCAUGUGGCAAAAGAAGCUUCACAGUGACUGAGACUUUACAAAUGGGUAUCAAGCAUUUCUCGGGGCUCUUUGUGAUGCUCUGCAUUGGUGUUGCUGGUUCCCUUUUUGCAACAGUUGGCGAGCACAUCAUCUUUCGACUGGUACUUCCACGGAUCAAGAAAAAGCCAAGAUUGAAGUACUGGCUCCACACAAGCCAGAGAUUUCAUCGUGCUUUGAAUACAUCUUUCAAUGACGAAGAAUUUCAGCAGAAAUUGAAUCGUUUGGAGAAGAGGUGUAAUGUAAGGAAUAACCAGCAAGUUGUGUGGAACACAGCUGCCCACGCAAGCUGGAACAAACAGAAGUGCAUUCUCAAAGAUGAUCAACAGCCUGACAUGAAAUUGAAAACCGCCCCGGGUGAGGUUCCACCUUCACUCGGUAAACAGCUGCCUCUUGCCACCAAUUCCAAUGGCAAGCCUGAGCCCCUUGUGACAACCAGGCAGUCGGUUAUCCACGAGCUAACAGAACUGGAGCAACAGAUCCAACUCAUCAAACAGGAACUGCAAAAGGCAAUGAGUAGGAAAAAUGAAUUGGAAGAGUAUCAGAGAACAGUCAAGAAAGCAGAACCAUAAACAAGGAACUGGUUAAAACAUAUGAUGGCAAAAACUCUAUUUUUUCUGAGCGUUCCCUUCUUUGUAGAGUUGUAUUUCACUUAAAAGAAAGCGUGAUAUAAAGCCAAUUUCUUCCCAACAAAUGCAAUCACUGCCCUGUCCAAGAAGAGGAUGCCAAAACUUGCAUCUGAAUAUCAGUCUGAAGUUCAAUUUCUCUUAUUGAACUCAAAGACCUUUAAUCAUAAAGGAGACAUGUGAGUGGACACAUGCGAGUGUUUAGUUAAUGCAGACAGUAGGUGAGCUCUUUUCCAAAACCUUUCAAUCCCCAGCAGGUGAUCAAAUGGAAACAGCCAAUAUGAUGGUGGGCUAGUUUGCAACCAACACGGAUUUGUUCAUGAUUGUAACAUUCAGUGGGCUUCAGUCUUGACAAUGCACAAUGCAAGAAAUUUUUCAAGUUGGAUCAAUAAAGUCCAUCUCUUUGGAGAACCACCAGUCAGGACUAAUGAGGUCCCUUAAGACUUUGUAUAGGAUGUUGUGCACUGGAACAAAUGAGAGCUUUAUAUUAUUGUGUAGCUUUUCAUGCAGCUCUGCCUAACAGUUGGUGAGAGUGUGAAUCUUUUCUGACAGUUCAUUUAUUGGUGUUUUGUUGUCACUUUGUAAAGCGCAGAGGACAUUCUUGGGAGUCAUUAAAUCAUUGUGAAAAGU